GUAUAAGAAUGAACGCCUAUUUUAAAUUACUUCUAAUAUUAAUAUUCAUUAUAAAAUGUUAUUGUAUAUCCGAAGAAUAUUUAGCUAUGGAAGAUAAAACUGCGGAAGAUAUGUUUAUUGACGAUGAGGAAGAUUCGCUAUCUAAUGAAGUCGACGCGAAUUUAACGAGUUUAAACUUCACAGAACGUCGAUCUCGUAAUCAUAAGAAAAAGCAAAAAUCAGUCAAAUCUGAUAAUAACGAAGAAUAUUAUCAAUAUGACGACGUUAAGUUCUAUGUGUUAUCUAAAAAGUUUGUUACGGAAUCAGAGCCAAUACCGCUCAUAGAAAGGACAUCUGUUGAAACUAAUAGUACUGAAUUGCCUGAAUCGACUACUAUGAACUAUACUACUAAGUCUACUCCAUCCACACCAUAUAAUAUUUUUCAAGAAUACGAAUAUGCGUACUUGGAAGAGGAGACACGAAUUCGGCAACAGGGUGGAAUGCAGAAGUGUGCAACCCAAAUACAGCCAGGUGUUACGAAAAAGUUAACUUUAACCGAAACCCCAAUGCAAUAUAUUGAUUUUUUUAACUUAAGUCCGGCUGUACAAGAAAUGUCACUCAGUAAUAUAACAAGCAGUAUUGAUCCAAAGAAAUUGACAAGUAACAUUUGGUAUGUCCCAGAAAAAUUUCCUUGUUGGGAUCUCCCAGUAUUGUACGGAGAAUUUUCUAGAGAAUCAGUUGAGGACGUUUUCACCCUUCACAGAACCUUACUUAAAAAUGUUAUUGACAUGGGAAGAGUACAAAAGCAACGCCUCAAAUCUUUGGAUGUCCCAGUAGAAAACUUCAACAAAUGGUGUUCUGUGUCACCCUGCUACGGUGACCACACUCUCUGUUUGUUUGAAGAUAAUACCUACGCCAAAAUAUGUGGAGAAUUUUAUAGUGUCCACACGCCAACUACAGCACAACAAGUGGCACUAGUCAAUACUGUGAACUCUAUGCGAAAUCGUAUUGCUAGUGGUGAAUCAGAAGAAUAUAAGGACCUUCCUCCUGCUGCUAAUAUGAAGCAAGUUAUUUACGACUUCGAUUUAGAAAAGAUGUCAAGUGUGUGGUUGUAUCAGUGUCUACCUGGGCCAGCUCCGUGCUCUGCCCUCGACGGUAGCUAUGUGUCGCCGUUAGAGUGCACGAAGUACGCUAUCCAUUGCUGCAAAGGUUCACAUGAAUAUUCAGAUUGUGUGCCGCGACAGGAAUGUUACCUACCGGCUAUCAUAGGAUGCAUUUAUACUUGGUUUUUGACUGCCUUGGACAAGAUAGACUCCACAGAUGUAACUUGUGGCCAUAUUCAGUCUACAACCUACCCGACAGUUCAGUUAUUAUGGGCCAAUACAUACAAAAUUGGCUGCGCUUAUGGUAACAAACUCAACGGUGAUAUUAGAGUAGUUUGCAACUUCGCACCAGGUGCGCCUUUUUCACUCGGAUGUCUAUUUUACUGUGGAUUGAUUUCUCAUCAAGAUGUUACGGACAAAAUGUCAUCUAAUAAGACUGCAGAUUUUACAAAUAAAGACUAUAUACUGCAGCUCGGUAUACGUAUCAGUACAUUUUUGUUUCGCAAUAGAAACAAAUAUCCGGAGCCUAAGAACAUAACAAAUAAAGUGAUCAGGCCACUGGAUGUUGAUAAAUUGGAAGCAAUAUAUAAGCAAAGUUAUAUUCGAGAGAAAUUAAAACCGAAGUCCAACCGAACUGAGGGGAUGCUCGCAAGGCUAGUAUCCAAGUAUAUAUUUAACGAAAAUGGUGCUGCGAAAUGUGAUAGUAAUGAGCCGAUGUAUAUAGCUGGAGAGCCGGGCUCUCUGUGCGUGGAGAAGGGAAGAAGAUUCGAUUCUUUGUGCUAUGACUUCAGAGAUCCAACGCCAGGGUAUAGAUUAGUCGCAGUUGUAGCGCCCAUGGCUUUGUUUUCUGUCAUUUUGUAUGAUUUGUUUAGUGGAGUGGUCAGACAAGCGGAAUAUUGAUAUUGGCCUGAUUUCAACUCUAAAUUACAAAUAUAUAUGCCAAUUCUCUUCUGUUUCUCACCAUUCCUUAGUCAAGCGAUGGCAGUGAAUUGGCAGAGGUUAUGAUCAAACGUCAAUUUUUAGCUUGCUCUGUACUGGAACAAGUUGUUAAAACUUAAUUGAACAAAUUUAACUUCGUCUUCACUUACCUGAAG